GGGGGAUGAACAGAUGGCUCGCUCUGCCAUUCAGGGCCGGGGGCUUGUUAGUUCCGGGUCGAGAGCGGCUCUCCCGCGGAGGGUUUGGAGACCGCGAGCCAAAAACUUUUUCUCGCAGUUAGCGUGGCUGCGGCCGGCAGCCGCUGAGGCGCCCGUGAGAAACAGGAGGCAAGGCUUUGCCCGAGAUCGUCUCAGCGAUGGCGCUUCGGUCGCGGUUCUGGGAGUUGCUGUCGGUUUGCAGGAACCCCGAAUGUAGGUUCGCAGCCCUCUCAACCAGUUCCAAGCCGACAGCGAAACCUGAAGUGGACCCUCAGGACAAUGAAGCUGUUGCCCCAGAGUUCACCAACCGGAACCCCCGGAAUCUGGAGCUCUUAUCUGUAGCCAGGAAAGAGCGGGGUUGGGGGACUGUGUGGCCCUCCCGUGAGUUCUGGCACAGGUUGCGAGUUAUAAGGACUCAGCAUCAUAUAGAAGCACUCGUUGAGCAUCGAAAUGGCCAGGUUGUGGUUUCAGCAUCCACUCGUGAAUGGGCUAUUAAAAAGCACCUUUACAGUACCAGAAAUGUGGUGGCUUGUGAGAGUAUAGGACGAGUGCUGGCAGAGAGAUGCUUACAGGCAGGAAUUAACUUCAUGGUCUACCAACCAACCCCUUGGGAGGCAGCCUCAGAAUCGAUGAAACGACUACAGAGUGCCAUGACAGAAGGUGGUGUGGUUCUACGGGAACCUCGGAGAAUCUAUGAAUAAGAUAGAAGCAUUAAUUGUUCUGAAUGUGAUGAAACUAUCAGCUGCUACAGCCACUAAAAGAACAUCUGGAAGAACAACCAGCUUGGAAGUUUAUAGCAAUAAUGUCACGGUGGAAUAUUAUUUGUAAAGGGUCAUACCCCUUCCCCUUGUGUGUAUUUUUUUAAAUCAAGGGCUAAAUUAUUUCCGUCUCUUGGACAUGAGAGAAGUGUCUAAGAAAAGCAGUCACCAAUUAUAAUUAACUUUGAAAGAUAAAUUAAAAGUUGUUUAUCAGUUAUAAAAUAAAGUCAUAUUAUGGACUCUUA